GGAAGAUGCCGGAGCGUGAAGGAGUUUGAGAAGCUGAAUCGGAUUGGAGAGGGCACCUAUGGCAUAGUGUACCGGGCCCGGGACACUCUGACGGAUGAGACUGUGGCACUGAAGAAGGUGCGGAUGGACAACGAGAAAGAUGGNUUGCCCAUCCGCAGCCUGCGGGAGAUCACCCUGCUCCUGCAGCUGCGGCACCCCAACAUCGUGGAGCUGAAGGAGGUGGUUGUAGGGAACCAUCUGGAGAGUAUUUUCCUGGUGAUGGGCUACUGCGAGCAAGACCUAGCCAGCCUUCUUGAGAACAUGCAGACACCUUUUUCAGAGGCUCAGGUGAAGUGCAUCACCCUGCAAGUCCUCAAGGGCCUGCAGUACCUGCAUGAAAACUACAUCAUCCACAGGGAUCUGAAGGUGUCCAACCUGCUCAUGACUGACAAAGGCUGUGUGAAGAUAGGUGAGNNUGGCCUGCCACGCCCUUAUGGGAUGCCGCCGAAGCCGAUGACCCCCAAAGUCGUCACGCUUUGGUACCGAGCGCCUGAGCUGCUGCUGGGGAUGACGACCCAGACCACCGGCAUCGACAUGUGGGCCUUGGGCUGCAUCCUCGCCGAGCUGCUGGCCCACAAGCCGCUGCUGCCGGGCACCUCCGAGAUCCACCAGAUCGACCUCAUCGUGCAGCUCCUGGGGACGCCCAAUGAAAACAUCUGGCCGGGUUUCUCCAAGCUGCCCCUGGUGAGUCAGUACACCCUGCGGAAGCAGCCCUACAACAACCUCAAGCACAAGUUCCCUUGGGGGAGUGUCUGUCAUGUCCCCUUGUCCUGCAGGGCCACAGCUAAAGACUGCCUGGAGAGCUCCUACUUCAAGGAGAAGCCCCUGCGCAACAAGCGGGCGGCCACUGCCAGCGUGGGGACGGAGAGCCAGGCAAAGCGCAGCAAGCCCUGA